GUCCACUUUACACACGAGACAACCUCAACCUCGGUAUGAGAGAGAGAAGAAAAGAACCUGUUCUUCCUCGGAAAGGUGUUUUGUUUUGUCGGAGUCCACCCAUCUCAUCGAUCCAUGACCACCAUCCCCAUCUUCCUUCUCCUCUUCUCUUUUUCCUCAUCCUCUUCUUUUUCCUGAGAAAAGCUUUUCCAGGAAAGUGAGGGAAGAAAACGAGAGUGUGAGAGAUAAACAAAGGGUUGGAGAGGGAAGGAGAAGAUUGAGAAAAGAAAAAAGUGGAAGUGCCCAGGUAAUUAAAUUGGUCAAAGAUUCUAUUUUGAGCAGUGGCUGUUUAUUUGUUUAGUGGGUUUUGGUGAAUCGAUGGAUAUGGACAGCAUUGACUGUGUGUCGUUCUCUGAUGGCACGGACGAGGAUGAGAUCCAACACCAUACUCUACAUCCUCAUUUCCACUCUGAGUUUUCUUCUAACAAGCCUCGCAAUGGCGGUGCUAACAACAACAAUGUUAUGGGAGCCACGGCCAUUGCUCCUGCAACCGGCGUUCAUGAGUUGCUAGAAUGCCCUGUUUGCACCAAUUCAAUGUACCCCCCAAUUCACCAGUGUCACAAUGGGCAUACAUUGUGUUCCACAUGCAAAACAAGGGUGCACAAUCGAUGUCCCACUUGUAGACAAGAGCUUGGUGAUAUUAGGUGUCUGGCACUGGAGAAAGUGGCUGAAUCACUAGAGUUACCAUGCAAGUACUACUCCCUUGGAUGUCCUGAAAUCUUUCCAUACUACAGCAAGCUUAAGCAUGAGACAGUAUGCAAUUUUAGACCAUACAAUUGUCCUUAUGCUGGAUCAGAGUGCUCUGUUGUGGGGGACAUUCCCUUUCUUGUUGCACAUUUGAGGGAUGAUCAUAAGGUGGACAUGCACACAGGAUGCACCUUCAACCAUCGUUAUGUGAAAUCAAAUCCACGUGAAGUAGAGAAUGCAACUUGGAUGCUCACUGUAUUUCAUUGUUUUGGCCAAUACUUCUGCCUUCACUUUGAAGCUUUCCAGCUUGGCAUGGCACCUGUUUACAUGGCAUUCCUUCGUUUUAUGGGUGACGAGAACGAGGCUCGGAACUACAGUUAUAGCCUUGAGGUUGGGGCAAAUGGCCGGAAGCUCAUUUGGGAGGGUACACCACGAAGUAUUCGUGAUAGCCACCGCAAAGUCAGGGACAGCCACGAUGGUCUCAUUAUUCAACGGAACAUGGCCUUGUUUUUCUCUGGUGGGGAUAAGAAGGAGCUGAAACUAAGAGUCACAGGAAGAAUAUGGAAGGAACAACAGAAUCCUGAUGCUGGGGUGUACAUACCAAAUCUUUGCAGCUAGUUUAAUUUGGAGGGCACUUUUAGUGUUUGUGUUGUGACACUGCAGCUGUAUCUACUACACCAGCUUUGUGUAUGUUGUAAUAUUGUAAGGCACUGAGAUGACUUUUGAAAUUUUCAUUUUUCCCAGGCUAUAUAUGUGAGACACAUGAUUGUCUACCUCUAAAUUUGCUUCAUUAGAAUGAGACUGGAACCCAAAUUUGGCUCGUACUUUCUGUGAGGUUCUCAUGACUUGAUAGAAUGUAUCUUGGUCUGAAAAUUGUGUUUGUUGUCAUCAAGGAAAGCGCAUUCACGGGUGACAGGUUCAAAUGUUCGAAGUAUAUCAUCAGAAAUUUGUAUAUUCUUUCACCAAGACAUUUCUUUUUCAAGUGUUUGUGUAACGCAAAUUCCUUGAAAUACGGUUCAGUGUUGAACACAACUCGUGGUUGUUUAACUUGCUUUGAUACUUUUGGUUUGUACCUAGUUACACUUUAAAGGCCCUGCAAAUGAAUUUCAUGGUCCGCCAGUGUACAUCUACUCUGUAUGUUGCUUCAUCUCGCGUUAUAUCUGUUCUAUUUCAAUGUCAA